UUUGCACAAUUCAUUCAGACACUCUCUCUCUCUGUCUAAUAAAAAGAGUCUCUCACUCUUCUCUCACUAGGAAAUAGCCACGUCAUUUCCUCCUCAUUAUCCAACCACCGCCUGCCGUCCUCAAAGUCUCUCUCUCUCUCUCUCUCUUUCUCUUUCUCUCUCUCUCCUCUUUCUAGUCUUAGCUGUUUCUCACUGUAGCUCCUUCCUUCUUCUUCUCCUCUCUCUCUCUCGCUCUCUCUCUCUCUUCAUUCAUUCAUAUCUAAAUCUUCUUCCUUUUCCCAUAUAAAUAUCCUAAACAAUCCCCACAUCCAAGUUUACUCUCUCUGAGUCUGUCUGUCUCUCUCUCUCUAUCUGUCUGUGUUGUUUACUCAGAAAUCAGCAGCUAAAAAUGCCUGCUUGGUGGCCGAGAAAGUCCAGCAAAAACAAGCAACAGCAACAAAAGGCUGUAAAAGAUCAACAAAACCCACUUACCGCUAACCUCAAUCCAUCCAAAUCGCCAAUCAAAACCAUCGGCAACACUAAGUCCAAAGACAAACCCAAGAGCUUUGAUGGUGUUUUAUCAAGGAAUUCGCCUCGUGCCAGCAAGGACUUCGGACCCGGUGGAUCCUCCUCCGGGUUCUCGGGUUUCGAUUCCGAUAGCCACCCUCUUCCUCGGCCGUCGAUUUCUUCCGGUCCCGAUCAAAUCCAGCCCGGUGUGGUCGGGUUGGGAUCCGGGUCCGGCUCGAUUUCCAGUGUUAGCUCAUGUGGGUCCUCUGAGGAUCACCCGGUUGCUCAGGACCAGGGUCACUUUGGUAAUCACAGAGGACAUGGUGAUACCAUGUUUAGCAUGAGAUCAAGAAGCCCGGGUCCAGGGUCAAGGGGACCGACAAGCCCCACAUCACCUCUUCACCCACGGCAUUGCUUGAGCCUGGAGUCUCCAACUGGAAAGCAAGAAGAUGGGAAGAGUCAAUGUCAUCGUCUACCUCUUCCUCCGGGUUCUCCUACUAGCCCUUCUGCCUUGCCCAACACAAGAGCGAUUGUCAGUGAGAACACAACUUCUUCACAGUCCAAAUGGAAGAAAGGAAGGCUUCUAGGAAGGGGGACUUUUGGGCAUGUAUACCUUGGAUUUAAUAGUGGAAGUGGGCAAAUGUGUGCAAUAAAAGAAGUCAAGGUUGCUUCUGAUGAUCAGACAUCCAGAGAAUGUCUCAAGCAACUGAACCAGGAAAUAAAUUUGCUUAAUCAGCUUUCACAUCCAAACAUUGUUCGAUACUAUGGAAGCGAAUUGGGUGAGGAAGCGCUCUCAGUUUAUUUGGAAUAUGUCUCUGGUGGCUCAAUCCACAAAUUACUUCAAGAAUAUGGUCCCUUCAAGGAACCUGUCAUUCAAAAUUAUACCAGGCAGAUUGUUUCUGGGCUUGCCUACUUACAUGGGAGGAAUACAGUGCACAGGGACAUCAAAGGGGCAAACAUUUUGGUAGAUCCUAAUGGCGAAAUCAAGUUGGCUGACUUCGGCAUGGCUAAACAUAUAACAGCAGCUUCCUCAGUGCUCUCUUUCAAGGGUAGUCCUUACUGGAUGGCGCCUGAGGUUGUAAUGCAUGGAAAUGGCUACAAUUUAGCUGUGGAUAUUUGGAGCUUGGGAUGUACGAUUCUUGAAAUGGCAACGUCCAAACCACCUUGGAGUCAGUAUGAAGGGGUGGCAGCACUAUUCAAAAUUGCAAGCAGCAAAGAUAUCCCUCAUAUACCUGAAAGCCUUUCAAAUGAUGCAAAGAGUUUUAUAAAGCUAUGUUUGCAGCGAGAACCUUCAGCACGCCCUACAGCCGUAGAACUGCUAAAUCAUCCUUUCAUUCGAGAUCAGGCAACUACUAGAGUGGCUAACAUGAAUGUGACCAAGGAUGCCUUCCCUUUCAUGUUUGAUGGAAGCCGCACACCGCCGGUGUUAGAACUCAAUUCAAAUAGGACAAAUAUCAAUUUGAUUGAUAGAGAUUAUGCAACAAUGCCAGUUGUUACCACCAGUUCAAGUGCUUUGAGAAGCCCAAGGGAUAGUGUGAGAACGAUUACAUCUUUGCCUGUAUCUCCCUGUUCAAGCCCAUUAAGACAAUAUGGAACUGCACACAAGAGCUGUUAUUUAUCUCCUCCUCACCCAGCUUAUGCUAUGGGGGGACAAGGCGGCUACAAUUUCAAUGAGUACUCAUCAUAUACAAUGAGACCAAACACAACAUACACUCUCGAUCCUUUUCAUGAAACCUCUCCAUAUAGAGCUCAUACCCCAGGUGGAUCACCAAGAACAAGACCCAUUUGAAUGAGUGUAAAUACCAACAAAAGCUAAAAAGUUUCCUUGUCUCCCUAGAAUGCAUCAUGGAGUGGAGCGAGACUUCUGUAUUAAGAGGAUUUAGUAUUCAUGCUCCUUUUAUUUUUCAGAUAUUUUGGCAGUUUUAUUUUGCUGACCUCUUUUAGGAGACUGGAUUCUUUCUGGAUGGGAGCUUGAAGAAGUAGCGUAGAGAAGGGGGGAGUAGUAAGAGCUCCAAAAUCAUGGGCAGAUGCUGGAUUUCUUGAUCUUGUAACACUCUCUUGAUUGUUGUAAAUGGAAGGUGGUCUCUGUGUUUGUAAAAUUUUUAUUGUAUAUUGGUCCAUAGUAUAAGCAAGUAAUAAUAGUUCAUCGCAUGAAAUCUUUGUUUUUACCAACAAUUUAAGCUAGAGAAUGAAAGGUUUCCCUGCUUAGACUCCUAA